AUGACAGCCGGGACAGUGGUCAUCACUGGUGGAAUUCUAGCUACAGUUAUAUUACUGCUUAUCAUCGCAGUACUGUGCUACUGUAGGCUGCAGUAUUAUUGCUGUAAGAAGGAAGAGUCGGAGUCGGAGGAGGAGGAGCCAGACUUUGCGGUCACGUCCCGCCUCCCGCCGGUGCACUCCAAUCACAACAUUGUGGCGGCAACGGCCGCCGCCUCCUCCAUCCCAAAUGGCCCGGCCCUUUUCUCCACCCCUCCACUGGCCAGGAAACUGACUCGAUCGCAGACCUUCUGUCCGUCCUGUACACACUAUGAGCUGCCUUUCUACCUCCAGCCUCCUCAGCCACAGAUACACCACCAACCAGACGGGCUGAGGAAUGGAGGCGACCGGAUCAGCUACCGCAGCGUCCAGCAGCAAGACCUGGACCUGCCAGUGCCUGUAAACAUUUCAAACUACCGUAAACCAAACCUUGCCCGGUCGGUCACCAUGAGAGACAUGUUCACGCGCAGCUGUAGCAUCAGCACCGAUGUUUAG